AUGAAUCACUCCUAUUUUUUUCAUAUCUAUCUAUCUAUCUAUCUAUCUAUCUAUCUAUCUAUCUAUCUAUCUAUCUAUUACUCUGUUGACGGGGCCUAUAAUACAUUGAAUACAUCCUCUAAACAAGCUCUCACGUGUCGGCAAAUCGAUGAUAGCGCAUUAACCCUCUUUUGCUUCGUCUUAACCUUCGUAUCUUGGCAUGGAGCUGCUUGUCAUAUUUUUUUUUCUGGAAUUUACUUCUUUAUUAAAGAGAAUUUUUUAAAAUUUUUAUCCUUUCGCCUAUUUACAUUUCUCGCUCCAUUUUUAUCUACCAAUUCCUCUAUCCCAGUCUACACAUUUCUCACGCUGUAUCGCUGUUUAUACUUAUCUAUCAAUCUAUCCUUUGAAACCUAUCAGCCACGAUCUUCUCAUAUUUCACUCUAUCCUUCUUAUCUUGAAAAUUGUAUAUCUAUCUAUCUAUAUAUCUAUCUAUCUAUCUAUCGCAAUAAUUUCAUUAUCUAUCUAUCUAUCUAUCUAUCUAUCUAUCUAUCUAUCUAUCUCAAUAAUUUCAUUAUCUAUCUAUCUAUCUCAAUAAUUUCAUUAUCUAUCUAUCUAUCUAUCUAUCUAUCUAUCUAUCUAUCUAUCUAUCUAUCUAAGUUUAGUCAUUAUCUAUCUAUCUAUCUAUCUAUCUAUCUAUCUAUCUAUCUAUCUAUCUAUCUAUCUAUCUAUGUUCGUCUUAAACAUUCCGCGUCAAUCCUCUCAUAUAUUAGUCUAUUUUUCUCAACGAAUUCAUUAAAAUAUCUAUGUGUGUGUAUGUGUACGUAUGUACGUGUCGUUAUCCUCCCUUAUUUCACUCUUUUCAUUUCUUUCUUUUUUAAUUUAUGCAAAAUCUCUCUCUCUCUCUCUCUCUACAUAUACUUAUCUUUUCUUCUCUUUUUCAUAUACUUUAUCCACCCGUGUUUCCUAGUGGCUGGAACCUUAACGAGUUUCUCUCUGAUACUCGUAGUCAGUGUUCGAUUUUAG